AUGCAGACCGUGCAAUCGAGGCUCAAGGAGGCCUACAUCACCGUCACGUGUCCGCACUGUCGCACCCUGGUCGAGUAUCUCAGCCCGACACCGACCGAGUCGACGCUCAAGGACGGCUUCAACCUCGCCUGCGCCAAGUGCAGUCAGACGUGGAUCAUAAAGCCCGGGGCUUCUUCGUCGUCGUCGUCUUCGUCCGCGAACAAGUCGGGUAAAGAAAAGGCCAAGAGGAGGAUUGGAACAGGUCAGUCAAUCUUGAGCAGCAGGCCGGCUUCGGCGAUCGCCUGCGUGGUCCGACACUGACCGAGUCGUACUCUCUCUUAUCUUCAGAUGAGCGACCAUUGGAUAUGACCUACUACGAACGACUCGGAUUGCCCGUCACGUGCACGACCGAGGAUGUCAAGAAGGCAUAUCGCCGACUGGUCAGUUCAGUGUGGCUCCCGAUAGAAUCUCAUCCCGAGACCUUACGCUCAACCUGCCCAUCUUCAUCUUCGCCUCCAUCCCGAUCGUUCUGACAGGCCAUCAAGUUUCACCCCGACAAGAAUCCCGACGACCCUUCCGCCGCCGAGAGGUUCAAGGAGAUCGCGAUCGCUUACACUACCCUCUCGGACCCGGGGCUGCGGCACGCUUACAACGAGUUCGGCAAGGGCAAGGGCGACGGUGGGGGACAGGACGGUGAAGCCAUGGUCGAUCCGGAGGCCAUCUUCUCGCAGUUGUUUGGUGGGGAACGCUUUCAGGUCGGUUCAUUCUCAGGCAUCGAAGAGAGCCCGACACCCUUCCUGACUUUCUUUGACUUCCGCGCAUUCCUGUCCAGGACAUUAUCGGCACCAUCUCCCUGGGCCAAGACAUGAAGGCGGCGAUGCAAGACGAAGACGAGGAAGAGGAUGACGCGACGCCCAAGACCCACGACCCAUCCCAACCACCACCUCCGACACCGUCACCGGAGGAGAUCGAGGCCAAGCGCAAGAAGAAGGAAGCCAAGGCCGAAGCCGAGAAGAAGGUUGCGGAGCACAAGGAGAAGGCGCGCCAAGAACGCGUCAAGAACCUCGUCGAACGUUUAAAGACCAAGUUGGCCUUGUUCUCGGAGCAAGCGCAAGGGGAGGAGGAUGAGCAGAUCGCUUCAGGGGGUCAGUCUUAUCGUUCCAAAUCGGAUCCUUGCGAGCUGUCGCGAAUGACGGAUCUGAGGGAUAUCAUUUGUGUGUGGGUCAAUUCCGACAGUUCGGACAAUGUGGACCAUCGAAGCCGAAGAGUUGAAGCAAGAGUCGUACGGUGUCGAGCUACUGCACACCGUCGGGUUCGUGUACAAGUCCAAGUCGCAGCACUACCUCGCGACGACGGGCAUCAUCCCCUUUGGCGUCGCCGGCUGGUUUCACUCGGCGCGCUCGACGGCCCACAUCAUCGGGCAGACCGUCUCGACCGUGCGCAGUGCUUAUGCGCUCAAGGAUGUCUUUGAGGCUAUUUCGCAAGCCGAGAAGUCGGGCUUGAGCGAUGAGAAGAAGAAGGAGCUUGAAGACAAGGCUGCUCAGAUGGUAAGCCUUCUGCUCUGAACUCGGCCGGGCUGGUCGAGAAAUCAACACUGAUCCCUCGACAUGAAAUGCAGGGCCUUCACGCGCUAUUCAAAGGCGCCAAACUCGAAGUCGAGUCCGUCAUCCGAGAAGUGUGCGACACCGUCUUGGCCGAGGAAGGCGUCCCCACGGCGAUGCUUCGCAAACGCGCCGUCGCAAUGGGGAUCCUCGGAGAGGUGUACGAGAGCGUCAAGAAGGAUGCGCAUUCGAAUCCUCCUAUUGGGGGUGGUGCACCGUUCGCUAAUUUGGGAGGAGCACCACCCCCUGCGGCAUGA